CCGCCCGUCCGAGAUCGCCGCCGCAAGAUGGCCGACCGGCUGACCCGGAUCGCAAUUGUGAACGAGGACAGGUGCAAACCUAAAAAGUGCCGCCAGGAGUGUAAAAAGAGCUGCCCCGUCGUCAAGAUCGGGAAACUUUGCAUUGAAGUCAGCCCCGCAGCCAAGUUUGCGUUCAUCUCUGAAGAGCUGUGCAUUGGUUGUGGUAUCUGUGUCAAGAAAUGCCCAUUUGGUGCCAUCGAUAUAAUCAAUCUCCCAAAAGAUCUGGACAAGGAUACCACGCAUCGUUAUGGGCCAAAUAGCUUCAAGUUGCACAGGCUGCCUGUUCCAAGGCCUGGCCAGGUUUUGGGCCUCGUGGGAACAAAUGGAAUUGGGAAGUCAACAGCACUCCAUAUCUUAGCUGGCAAGAUCAAGCCGAAUCUGGGACGAUUCAAAAAUCCACCUGAUUGGCAGGACAUCCUCACAUACUUCCGUGGGUCUGAACUUCAGAAUUAUUUUACACGUAUGCUGGAGGAUAACCUCAAGGCUAUCAUGAAGCCUCAAUAUGUUGACAACAUUCCAAGAAAUGUUCAAGGAAAUGUGGGGCAAAUACUUGGCCGGCAAGAUGACACGGGUCUGAAAGCUCAAUUGUGCGUUGACCUUGAAUUGAACCAAGUUAUAGACCGAAAUGUGGCAGAUCUUUCUGGCGGUGAGCUCCAGAGAUUUGCAAUAGCAGCUGUUGCUGUGCAAAGUGCAGAAAUUUACAUGUUUGAUGAACCCUCCAGUUAUCUUGAUGUUAAGCAGAGACUGAAGGCUGCGCAGGUGAUAAGGUCCUUGCUUAGAACGGAUAGCUAUGUCAUUGUUGUGGAACAUGACUUGAGUGUCUUAGAUUACUUGUCCGACUUUAUUUGCUGCUUAUAUGGAAAGCCAGGUGCUUAUGGUGUAGUUACACUGCCUUUUUCGGUCCGAGAAGGUAUCAAUAUUUUCCUCGCUGGAUUUGUUCCGACUGAAAAUCUAAAGUUUAGAAAUGAAUCUCUUACAUUUAAGAUUGUGGAAAGCCAGGAAAAUGUGGAGGAGAUUGAGACAUACCAGCGGUACAGGUACCCUACCAUGAGCAAAACCCUGGGAGAUUUCAAGCUCACUGUCAUGGAAGGUGAAUUCACUGAUUCUCAAAUUGUUGUGAUGCUUGGUGAGAAUGGGACGGGGAAAACUACAUUCAUCAGAAUGCUGGCUGGGCACUUGAAGCCAGAUACUGAGGAAGGAACCAAGAUCGAAAUUCCCGAAUUUAACGUGUCCUACAAGCCUCAAAAGCUUAGCCCGAAAUUCACAGGUUCAGUGAGGCAGUUGUUUCACAAGAAAAUAAGGGAGUCAUAUAUGCAUCCUCAGUUUACAUCUGAUGUCAUGAAGCCACUACAAAUGGAGCAGCUCAUGGAUCAUGAUGUUAUGACUCUAUCUGGUGGAGAACUCCAAAGGGUGGCAUUAUGUCUUUGCCUUGGAAAGCCUGCAGACAUCUACUUGAUCGACGAGCCGAGCGCGUACCUUGAUUCAGAGCAGCGUAUCGUUGCCUCGAAGGUCAUCAAGAGAUACAUCCUCCAUGCCAGGAAGACUGCGUUCAUCGUGGAGCAUGAUUUCAUCAUGGCAGCUUACUUGGCUGACAAGGUGGUUGUCUACGAGGGGCAGCCUUCCGUCGAGUGUACCGCCUGUACUCCUCAGUCCCUGGUGUCUGGAAUGAACAGAUUCUUGUCGCAUCUUGACAUCACUUUCAGAAGAGACCCGACCAACUACAGGCCGAGGAUCAACAAGCUUGACUCUAUCAAGGACCGGGAGCAGAAGUCGGCAGGAUCGUAUUACUAUCUUGAUGACUGAGUGAUGCUGGGAGAUAGAUUUGUGAGGCUAAUCGGAGAGCUUGGGCUUAUUUAAUCUCCUUGAAUUGUGAUAGGGCAGCGAUGCCAUCAGCAGGCAAACUCGUUGCCUAAACAGUGUGUGCCAGCAGCAGAUUUUCAGUCUUUUGUGUGUGUAGCCGUCACCUUGGGUCGAUUUGGCUGGUCUGUAUUCGCCCCUAAUUAGAAUAUUUAUGUAUAGGAACCGGAGACCUGACUAGUAUUGCUAGUGCUUUCUCGUGUCAGUCAUCAGUUGUUGAUUAUCAAUGUCGAUUCUAGAGCAAAGAUGCAUCAGUUAGUCGA